UAAGUCUUUUAAUGUGGCCCGCGGUUAUUGAACAUUUAAGUAAAGUAUCACAAACUCUUAUGAAACGAAAAUGAAAUUCUGCAUCCAUAUUAAGCUUUCUACAACUUUUCAUUUCUUGAACAAAUUAUAACAUUUAAGAGGCAAAUUUAAAAAUAAUUAUUGUUUGAAAAUAUCUUGAAUCUUACACGGUAAGUUAGCCGAAGUUAGGCCUAGCGUAUAGGCUAUUAAGAAAUUAUCCCACAACAAAAUUGUAUUAAACCUUUUCCAUCCUUGUCACCUUUAGUAACUUGUGAUAGGCCUAUUCACUAAUUAUGGAUAUGGACAGAACUGGAAAUGUGAUCAAAGUUCAUGCUCACAACAAUAUUUUAUCGAAGGAAGAAUUUGUAAAAGAAAUCCAGAUUAGGCGUCAACCCGCUGUUUUGAAGGGAGUUAAAAUCGGGGAUUGCUGUGAAAAAUGGACUCCUGAAUAUUUGAUGCAUCACCUUGGCCAUUUGGAAGCCAAAAUCCAUGUCUCUCCUGAAAGUAAAAUGGACUUCAUCAAUAAAAACUUCCAAUACAAAACCCUGUCAAUGGCCGAAAUAAUCAAACGGUCAGUCAAAGAUAUUCAAGAAGAUUAUUUCAUUAAUCCGAAUGAGCUUUAUUAUUUACGGUCUCUGAGUAAUGAACGGAGAGGACGUGAAGUAGCAGAUUUGAGAAAGCAAUAUCCUCAAAUUUCAGAAGACAUUCAGAUACCACCAUUCUUCGACGAAGAUGAUUUUUUUUCCAGCGUGCUAAGAAUAAGUUCCAAAGGUAUUCAGCUGUGGACACAUUAUGAUAUAAUGGACAACCUCCUUAUCCAGGUGCAAGGAAGAAAAAGAGUUGUACUUUUCAAACCUUCCGAUGUCAACUACUUGUACAUGGAUGGGGACAAAUCCCGCGUUCUAGACAUUGACAAACCUGAUUUGGAGAAAUUUCCUGGGUUUUUGAAAGCCCAGAAGUACGAAUGCAUUCUUGAACCAGGCGAUAUCUUAUUCAUCCCUGCACUUUGGUUUCACAAUACGUUGGCACUCACAUAUGGUGUCGCUGUUAAUGUCUUUUGGAAAAAUCUGGACCACAGUCUUUACGAAAAGAAUGACUUUUAUGGAAACAAGGAUUUGGUACCAGCUGCAAAGGCUUUUCAAAAUGUAGAGAAUGCUGUGAAAUUGUUGAGCUUGUUGCCAGAACAAUACAAGGACUUCUAUCUGAGGCGAUGCAUGAACAACAUGUGCAAACAUCUGAAUACUACUUCCCAUCAUCAUUCAAAAUGACUUACAAAUCAUGCAGUCAGAGAUGCACUGAGAUACAACAUACAUGUGAAUGGCUCUGGUUUCUAAAGAAUUGAAUCAACUCUCACUGCCAGUUCUGUCUACUCCUGGAGAUAAAAAAAAUUGAUAUCAGAUGAGGAAAUAGGAGUGAAAUACUUUGGUAUUGUAUAAAUAAGAUCUACACACAAUGCAAAAUGAAUUAUCACUUUAUCAAUUAUCCACCACGAAUUUGAAAUUUGUUAUUCAUUCUUUAGCUAAACAGUAGGUACUGUAUAAAAUCCGUUUACAAGCAAGAAGUUGCUUUAGGCACCAGUAAAAAAAAAAUAAAUAAAUUGCAUUCAAUCGUAACAGUGAUUGAAAGAUAUAAAGAAAAUAACCUUACUAAUUUUAUCAGGCUAGUUCUUUUACACUGUCCAAGUUUAACCUACCCUAACCUAACCAAAUAACAGACGAGACAUUUGUAACACAUCGGUCACAAAAUGGUCCAUGUUAUAGAUUAUUGCAAAAAUAGGCUAUUCUUAUAAUACCAAAGUACUAAACUACACGCAAAGAACUGAAUGCUCUACAAAAAUCGGGUAACUAACUGGUCUGAUGAUCUAUAGUUUUGUGGAUUGCCAAAAACACUAUUUAUUGUAACUUGUAGAUAAUUUGUAAUUUUAUUAGGGUCUGUUGAGUUUAUCGCUCAAUGAAUUAUUUGUUAUAACAUUAUUAUUUUUACAGGUGUUAUUAUUAUAUUUAUUUCAUCUUCUUAUUCAAUAAAGAUGUUCAAGAUUUUUAA